CUCAACGUGGAUAAAAGUCUUCUUUCUUACAUUGGCCUUGCACCCGAAUCUGAAACCCUAGUUCCACGGAAACCGUCCCCGAUUUCGAGCAUUCUGUGUUCGAUCCCGAGGUUUCUAAAUUCAACAAUGGAGGUUUAGGCUUCCUUCCUUCGUAGUUCAUCUGAGCUGUAUCGAUUUCUUCAUCGGUGUUAAUUAAAUAGCGAGGGAGAGAAUUCGUUUGGGAUUUUUCGUUUGAUGGCUUCUGAUCGUGUCUCUUCCGCUGUUAAGCCCAUCUGGAUGAAGCAAGUGGAAGAAGCGAAGCUCAAGAGUGAGGCGGAUAAAGACGCGGCAGCGAAGGCAGCGUUCGAGGCCACAUUCAAAGGUGCCGACAAAACCGCGGCUUUGGAUGUUCAUGUGGCGGCGCCGGUUGCAGCUCUGCCGGAAUCAGACAGCGAAUCUGAGGAAUCUGAUGACCUGUCGAGGAAACCAAUUGGUCCGGUGGACCCGGCAAAGUGCACGGCUGCUGGGGCCGGAAUUGCUGGCGGCACGGCCUGCGUGCCGUCGACGUUUGUGGUGGUGACAAAGGACGCUGAUGGGAGGAAGGUUCCCAACGGCGGAGCUCUGGUUAGGGUUAAGGUUUCGCCCGGCGUUGGUGUUGGUGGUACGGAGCAAGAAGGAGCGGUGAAGGAUGUAGGAGAUGGGACUUAUGCAGUUACAUACGCUGUGCCCAAAAGAGGAAACUACAUGGUGAACAUCGAGUGCAAUGGCAAACCCAUUAUGGGAAGCCCUUUUCCUGUCUUCUUUAGCCAAGGUACUUCUACGACGGGGCUACUCGGUACUACUCCAUCUAUGUAUCCAAACCUUAUAAACCAAACCAUGCCCAACAUGCCAAAUUACACUGGUUCUGUUUCCGGAGCAUUCCCAGGACUCUUGGGAAUGGUUCCAGGCAUUUCCUCUGGUCCUUCUGGUGGUGCUAUUUUGCCUGGGAUUGGAGCAUCUCUUGGGGAGGUUUGUCGUGAAUACCUUAGUGGUAGAUGUGCAAACACUAGCUGCAAGCUAAAUCACCCUCCUCAGAAUUUGCUGAUGACUGCAAUAGCUGCAACAACUAGCAUGGGUAAUCUAAGCCAGGUGCCAAUGGCGCCUUCUGCUGCUGCAAUGGCUGCUGCUCAGGCCAUUGUUGCGGCACAGGCUCUUCAAGCUCAUGCUUCUCAGUUCCAAGCUCAAUCAAGCAAGGGUUCAUCAGGUUCCUCAGAAGAAGCAGAAAAGGCUGAUAUGCUGAAGAAAACUCUCCAAGUUAGCAAUCUGAGUCCACUUCUUACAACUGAACAGCUUAAGCAGCUAUUUAGCUUCUGUGGCACAGUAGUUGAAUGUACCAUUACUGAUUCAAAGCACUUUGCCUACAUAGAAUACUCAAAGCCCGAAGAAGCAACAGCUGCUUUGGCAUUGAACAACAUGGAAGUCUGUGGGCGGCCUUUGAAUGUCGAGAUGGCAAAAUCGCUUCCUCAGAAAUCAUCUGUCAUGAAUUCUUCUGUGACUUCAUCCUCGCUUCCCAUGAUGAUGCAACAAGCAGUUGCCAUGCAGCAGAUGCAAUUCCAACAGGCCAUACUGAUGCAACAAGCCAUGGCUGCACAGCAAGCAGCAAACAGGGCAGCCACCAUGAAGUCUGCAACUGAGCUUGCAGCUGCUAGAGCUGCAGAAAUAAGUAGGAAACUAAAAGCCGAUGGUGUUGGAGUUGAUGAAAAGGAAGCUGAUCGGAAAUCUAGGUCACCAUCUAACUCUAGUGUGAGGUCAAGAUCGAGAUCAAAGUCGAAAUCUCCAAUUAGUUAUGGACGAAGACGGAGAUCCCCAUCUUAUUCACCACCAUUUCGUCGCCCUAGAGAUCGCAGAUCAAGAUCACCAUUCAGAUCUCACCGGCGAUCAACUUAUGAGAGCAGAAGGCGGUCAUAUAGAGAUUCUAGGGACAUUGUUGAAAGUAGGAGGCAUGGUAGCGGUAGAUCAGAUGAUCUUCGUUCAUCUCGGUCAAGGAGAAGUAGGAGUUUAAGCCCCAAAAAGAGAAAAUCCCGGCGAGAAGAUCCUGAAUCACCAAGACAACGACAUGACAGCUCAUCACAUGGAGAUAAGAAAUCAUCUCGUGCUGGCUCUGGAUCUCCAAGGGGCCGUAGGGAGCAUAGAAGGCGUUCAAGAUCUAGGUCGACCCCAAGAGAUGAUGGAGAGAAGAAACUUAAACACCGAAGGCGUUCAAGGUCUAGAUCAGUGGAAGCUUCUCCGGAAAAGACGAAUGAAGCUAGAGAUGAUGGAUCAAAACAUCGUAAGAAAAGGCGUUCAAGGUCAAGAUCUAGUGAAGGUCAGAAUAUUAAGAAAAGCAUAUCACCAAAUCCUGAUGAUACUAAACAAAAGCACAGGCGGAGAUCUAGGUCUAGAUCGUCAGAAAACAUAAUUGGGUCUGAUGAGAAAAAUGAUGCUGCCCAGGAUGGUGACUCAAGAUCUCAUCGCAGGAGAUGCAGGUCAAAAUCAUUGGAUGAUGACUAUAAUAUGAAGAAGGAACGGACUAGCAGCAGGAAAACGGAUGAUGCCAAACAGAAGCGCAGGGGAAGGUCCAGGUCUAGAUCAUUGGAAAACAAGAUUGGAUCCCAUGAGAAAAUUGAAUCUGACCGAGAUCACUCAAGAACCCAUCGUAGGAGGUCCCGGUCAAAGUCAGUGGAAGAUAGCAUGGACAAAAAGUCAAAGCAUCGUAGUCGAAGGCGAUCACGGUCAGUGUCAUCCGAGGGUAAGCAUAGGAGAGAGAGUAAGUCCUCACCUAAAUUUGCUGAUGAAAAGAAAUCUGGACGUAGAAGGCGCUCCAGGUCGAGGUCAAUAGAGACAAAACAUAGGUCAAAGGAUAGAGGAUCAAAGUAUCGUGAAAGGUUACGGUCAUCAUCUCCAAAAGGUGAUGAAGGGCAAGACAGUAGAUCGUCGCCUAGAGGUUCUGAUGAUCACAAGCACAAGAAAAUACUUUCUGUGAAAGAUAAAUACCAUUCAGAUGAUGGGGAAGAUGAAAAUGGAGAUGCAAGAUCUGACAAGGGUUUGAAGGAAGCUGUUGUGACUAAGGAAGCUGUUGAAAAUGCUGAAGUGAAGCUGAUGCAAGCAUCAGAUGCUGAGGAGAAUUACUAAGUAUGCUAAGGCUAAUACCUGAGACUGCUGGAACAACAAAACAAAGUUUGGAUACUCAAGUUUUAACACCCAUGAUAUGGAAGAAAGCCUUUAGGAGAUUAUAUCGUUUCCUUUUGGUGCUUAAGAUUAUGCAACUAGCUUUUUCGCAUUUAAUAAAACACUUUGCAUCUUUUUUUUCUUUUUUUCGGUUUUUUGCAGGUAUUCGAUAACAGUUUGGAACUAAGCACCUGUGCUGCUAUAACUAUGAUGUGUACAACACCUGUGCCAUCUAUUUAGUGAGAUCCUUUUACUGAUAAGCUUGCUUGAUGUAUGUCGGAGCAUUGCCUUCUUUGUGAUAUUGGGCUUCCUCUAUGUUGAAAAUGAUGUUGUCCAACUCGGAGCGUAUCCCGAUGGUUGUUUGGCUGGACUGAUCUUUUUUAAGUGAAGACUUUCUUUCCCCUUUCGUUUCUCGUUUGGAUUUUCCUUUUCUUCGUUUCCCUAGCUCGUACGGAACUCUUUGAUCCGGAAAGCUACAUAUAAGCUGGAUUAUGCUUGGAUGAAUGGUUCCCAACAAUGCGUCCGGACCAGAUAGAUUAGAGGGUGGGAUCAACCAGCUAGGGUUCCCCUCUUCUUAUUUCGGCAUGGAGUGCAAAUCUCCUCCUGACAGGUAAAAAAUUCAUUACAACUGCUAAAGGUGUUCUACACAGGUUGUUCUGAGUGCAACAGCUUAAUUCUCUGUCAAAAGAUCAUCUUCAUUGUUGGUUGGUUGGUUGUCAUAUUGCGAAAUAUUUGCAUGAUAGAUGCUUUUGCAUGUUUCAUUUCCUAAAAUAGUUUUUUUUGUUCAUAGAGAGGACCAUAGAUGACAUGUGAUUUAAAAAAAAAAACUACAUAAAUAGGGGUUUGAGAUUGAGUUUCUUCUGUUAAGUCAUUCAAACCGGUUUUUACAGUGUUCUCUCUACAAGUGAAAACGGGGUUUUUACUCUUUCAAAUUCUCUUUGAAACUCAAUUUACUAUGUUUUGGAAAUGCCCCUAAUUUAGUCAAUGUGAUAAUUGUUUGAUUAGUUCCUAA